CAAAGUAGAAAUGGCAUAGCUCAGAACAUUCCAUCACCAAGGUAAUAUCCAAGCAGCCUGAUCCACACAAGUGGAUUCCAGAUGGGCUUUGGGUUACGUACGUUAAGUCCUAAAAUCUUGGGAGUACACCUAACCCUCAGCCAGGAGCAGAGCCCAGCCCAGCCAGACCCUCAGCUUGAAGCAGGGUUCUCAGGAAAGCAAGAAACACUUGACAAUUGGUAUUCAGCAUAAUGGUAUCUAUAAACAGAACUAAUGAAAUAAUUGAAAAACUUAGAGCAAACAGACAACUUCUUUUGGAGGAAAUAAACCAAAAGCGUGACUCCAAUUGCUUAGUGGAAAGAAGCAAUCAAGUCAGCUUACUGAGAGUUCAGAAGAGGCAUUUCAGUAAUGCCUACAAGUCCUUCAUGGAUGGGAAGAUCAAAGACGCUGCUCCUGACAGCGGCAGGAGCUCCUGGAUCAACCUGAGUCACCUUGUUCACAAGCAGAAGAAGCACUUUCCACCCCAAAAUCAUGCCAUAUUUGGAUAAACUGCAUUUCCAGAGACACAGAAAUACAUUCUCUUUGGCCUUUCUCCAAAA